AUGAAUCGUCCGUGCAGCAAACUUCUAAGCGCAGCCAGACAACUUCUUAGCGCUCGGCAUCCCUUUCUGCGCGCUGUUGCACAGUGCUCGGAGUCGAAACAACCACAGACGGCACACGAAUACCGUGCAGAUUCACGUGCGGAGCAGGAGGAUCUGAAAACGAAACGCUCUCGUUUGCUCUAUCAAAGUAAAAAGCGUGGCAUCCUGGAGAAUGAUAUUAUCCUGGGCGAAUUCGCCGAUGAGAUGCUCGAGAAGAUGGACCGUGAGCAGUUGAUGCGUUACGAUGAGAUUAUUAAUGGCGAGCACAUGGAAUGGGAUUUGUACUACUUCAUUUCCGGCAAAAAACCAUUGCCAAAGGAUCUGGAAAAUUGUAAAGUGAUGCAUGUGGACACUGUGUUAGUGACGAUCUGUAGCAGUUUCAUCCCGGCUUUUGCGAUUCAAACAAAUCCAGUUUCCAUACCAAAAGGACAGAAGCACGGGAACAUUGUGAUUGCUGCCGUCAUUUCAACGCCUCUUCUGCCCGAUAGCGACAGUUUCGGUGUCUGCGAACUGGAAGGCUUUGAUUUGAAUCCCACUGGACCACUUGUACCGUGCAGUUUUCUUGAUGAAAGGUGGAUUGACUGUGAUGCGCCAGUUGAUGCUUCAUCCAUUCCUUCAGCUAAUAAUACGAAGGUUAUCCUCAUGACUGUAUUCCAUUGUCUGUUUGUCCGCCUCUUCGCUCAUUAA